UAAAAGGUCAAAAGCUGAACACUACUAAACAGACUCUGUAGAGAUAUUGUUGAUUCGCUAGACUCAAACACAACAGCUCAAUCGAUACUCAGACUCACUUCAGCCAUGAGCUCCAGGCUCCUACUCAGGGCAGCUAGUCUAGCCGUGUUGGCCUUCGUCUUGGCCAUCUACCAAGAUCCUUCCCGCAUCAACUUCCACGCGCCUCCGCCCAUACACGGGUCCCGCGAUGUCCUCCACUCGGCUCAGAUAAUCAAUGUCACCGCAGCACUGGGCCCCGAGAGCCUCGCUUUCGACCCUAGCGGACGGGGUCCGUACGCUGGAGUCGCCGAUGGCCGGAUCCUCAGGUGGGAAGAAGACGGCCUUGGUUGGUCAGAGUUUGCUAUCACCUCUUCUCAGAGGGAGAAGUGUGUACGACCAUUUGCACCAGAAAUGGAGCACGUAUGUGGGAGGCCUUUAGGACUAAGAUUCCAUAAGAAAACAGGGGAUCUGUACAUUGCAGAUGCUUAUUUUGGGCUUCGAGUGGUCGGCCCAAAUGGAGGUUUGGCUUCUCCUUUGCUUACUCAUGUUGAAGGUCAUCCUCUUCUUUUCACUAAUGAUAUGGACAUUGAUGAGGAUAAGGAUCUCAUUUACUUCACCGAUUCAAGUACAACCUUCUACAGAAGGCAGUUUAUGUCAGCUGCUCUUAGUGGAGACAGAACAGGAAGACUACUAAAAUACAACAUUUCAAGCAAAGAGGUAACAGUCUUACUAAAAGACAUUGCUUUCGCGAAUGGUGUAGCUUUGAGCAAAGACCGCUCUUUUCUUCUAGUUGCUGAAACAACAAAGAGCAGGGUCCUUAGGCUAUGGCUCCAUGGCCCAAAUGCUGGCAAUGUUGAUGUUUUUGCUGAGCUCCCUGGAUUUCCAGAUAACAUAAGAAGGAACCAAAAAGAAGAGUUUUGGGUUGCCUUACAUUCUAAAAAGGGAGUUAUAUCAAACUUGGUUGUUUCUAAACCUUGGGCCGGAACCACUUUGCUAAAGCUUCCUUUAAGCUUUAAGCAGUUGCAUUAUAUUUUGGUAGGAGGAAAAGCUCAUGCCACUGCUAUCAAGUUGGGUGAAGAUGGAAGAAUUUUGGAGGUUUUAGAAGAUUGUGAAGGAAAAAGUCUGAAAUUCAUUAGUGAAGUGGAGGAAAAUAAUGGAAAGCUAUGGAUUGGGUCAGUCCUUAUGCCUUUUAUUGGCAUUUAUAACUUGCAUUAGGAAAACUAGUAUUCAGCAUAGGGUUAGAUUUUUAUUACUUUGAUAGAAGUCAUUUGGUGAAUGUUUUUGUUUUAUUUUAAUUUUUUUCUCUCUAUAUCUCGAUAACUUGUGAGGAAUAGAUCCCCUCAUCAUUCAAAGUUUGCUCUCUUAACCACUUGAACUCGUUUAAGCUGUUUUCUGUUCUUUUUUAUUUAAAAAAAUAAUGAAAGAGUAUCCUUUGAAUGUAAAAUAAAUAUUUAAAUCACAAAUAGUUGUGUUAUCUCUCA